UCAGACUUUGACCCGGCGUGGGCUUCAGUGGUCGCCGUGGACGGGAGCCUAGGAGCUUUGGUUCGAGACAAUUAAAGACGUGGGAUGAGGAUCCAGUGACAGGACGCGGUUCUGCAGGGGGAUUCUGAAGAUAGACGCUUUGAACAGUCGAAUUCAUGGUCGUGGAAGCCGAGCCCAUAUUAAGAGAUGUCAGGCGUCCGACCUCCGAUCAUGAACGGGCCCCUGCACCCCCGGCCCCUGGUGGCACUGCUGGACGGCCGGGACUGCACGGUGGAGAUGCCCAUCCUGAAGGACGUGGCCACAGUGGCCUUCUGUGACGCACAGUCCACACAGGAGAUCCACGAGAAGGUGCUGAACGAGGCCGUUGGGGCGCUGAUGUACCACACCAUCACGCUGACCAGGGAGGACCUGGAGAAGUUCAAGGCCCUUCGGAUCAUCGUCCGAAUCGGCAGCGGCUUUGACAACAUCGACAUCAAGUCAGCCGGGGACUUAGGCAUCGCCGUCUGCAACGUGCCGGCCGCGUCCGUGGAGGAGACAGCCGACUCCACCAUGUGCCACAUCCUCAACCUGUACCGCAGGACCACGUGGCUGCACCAGGCACUACGGGAAGGCACGCGGGUCCAGAGUGUUGAGCAGAUCCGAGAGGUGGCUUCUGGAGCCGCCAGGAUCCGCGGGGAGACCUUGGGCAUCAUCGGGCUAGGUCGCGUGGGGCAGGCGGUGGCGCUGCGGGCCAAGGCCUUUGGCUUCAACGUGCUGUUCUACGAUCCCUACCUGGCGGACGGCACGGAGCGGGCGCUGGGGCUGCAGCGGGUCAGCACGCUGCAGGACCUGCUCUUCCACAGCGACUGCGUGACCCUGCACUGCGGCCUCAACGAGCACAACCACCACCUCAUCAACGACUUCACCGUCAAACAGAUGAGACAAGGGGCCUUCCUGGUGAACACGGCUCGGGGCGGCCUUGUGGACGAGAAGGCACUGGCUCAGGCCCUGAAGGAGGGGCGGAUCCGCGGUGCGGCCCUGGACGUGCACGAGUCGGAGCCAUUCAGCUUUAGCCAGGGCCCCCUGAAGGACGCACCCAACCUGAUCUGCACCCCACACGCGGCCUGGUAUAGCGAGCAGGCCUCCAUCGAGAUGCGUGAGGAGGCGGCCCGGGAGAUCCGGAGAGCCGUCACAGGCCGGAUCCCUGACAGUCUGAAGAAUUGCGUGAACAAAGACCACCUGGCGGCCGCCACCCACUGGGCCAGCGUGGACCCGGCCGUGGUGCACCCCGAGCUCAACGGGGCCGCCUACAGGUACCCCCCAGGCGUCGUGGGCGUGGCCCCCAGCGGCAUCCCCGCCGCAGUCGAAGGCAUCGUCCCCAGCGCCAUGUCCCUGUCCCACGGCCUGCCCCCCGUGUCCCACCCACCCCACGCGCCUUCUCCUGGCCAAACCGUCAAGCCCGAGGCGGAUAGAGACCAUGCGAGUGACCAGUUGUAG